GGUCACGUGACUUCGACGGGACGAAUCACGCGCCGAUACAGAGCUUCGCUGGAAGUCGUUUUGUUUUUUUGACACGCGCCUCUCAGCUCCGGUGUCGCGGGCGCGCGCACACACACACACACACGCGCCACCAGCAGCAGCAGAUCCUCGAUGCGUUUGUUCACCUGUAACAUUGAACCGCCUCAAGACCGCCGAGUCCACGUUUCGCGACAUGGGAGACAAGAAGAGUCCCACCAGGCCGAAGCGGCAGCCCAAGCCGUCCUCCGACGACGGGCACUGGGACUGUAGCGUGUGCACGUUCAGGAACAGCUUCGAGGCGUUCAAGUGCACGAUGUGCGACGUCCGGAAGGGGACGUCGACACGAAAACCCCGACCUGUUUCUCAGCUGGUUGCACAGCAAGUAAAUCAGCAGUUUGCACCACCCACAAACCCCAAAAAGGAGAAGAAAGAAAAAUCAGAGAAAGACAGGAGUGAUAAAGAACCAACACUGAAAAAGAAAAGCCAUAAAAAGUUGAGGCCAAGAUUAAAAAACGUCGACAGGAGCAGCGCUCAGCAUCUCGAGGUCACUGUUGGAGAUUUGACUGUAAUAAUCACAGACUUUAAGGAGAAAGCCAAACCCACGUCCACCUCAACAAGUGCUGCCUCCGCAGACCAACACAGUCAAAGUGGCUCAAGCUCUGAUAACACUGAACGAGGGGUCUCCAGAUGCUCCUCGCCCCAUGAAGAAGCCACUUCGGUCAAUGGAGAGACUCACUAACACUCCCCGUCAGCACAACUCAUUCUUCUGCACUCUCAAGCAGCCUCAACCAGAGAUUAUAGAUCAUGCACAUUUUUUUAUAAUACUACAAAUGCCAGUAUGAUAGCAUUCACCUCCAUUUGAGGUUGUUUUUUUUCCACUGCCUUCCCUUAAUCAAGUUUUCAGGACAUCUGAACUGCAACAGCCAAAACCUACCAUGAUGAACAGAAAAGGCCCUGGAUAUCAGUGGAACUCUACCAUGGGGUGUGGUGACUUGUCGUUUAACACCCCUGCGUUACGUCAGCAUCACACUCAGACCCUGUUCAGACCUGGUUUAACAUCUGUCCCAGGUGGACCGCUCUCGAGUCCAGGUGUGAACGCAUCCAAGAGGCAUUUAAGAUCCGAUCACUCAACCUCAUUCGGAGUUUGCCUGGGACGCCUGGGACAUUCUUUAAACUGUGUGAACACAAAUGUGUCCUGGGCCACAUUGAAGGAGCGCUGACCUCAGAUGACGUCCUCUGACCUGCUACAGUUUCAUAAUGAACCACAAGUGAAAACAGUUCUUCUUAUACAUUGAAUUAUUUGUGGCCUCCGCCACAUAAAUUUACACGGAUGCGAGCAGAUUUUCUAAUAUUAUUUUUAAAAUGGGUAAACUCUUAUUUUGUAGCGCUGCAUACAGCAUAUUGAUUCACUCUGUCCAUCCCGACACUCACAUAGACGCACAAACACUUCGACAACUGACACAUCUGUGUUGUCAGACUGGCUAAAAACAAGAUGUACGUGUUAUUUGCAUGUAGAGCAGAUAAGUGAGAUGUGGUCACAAGUGGUUGGUCACUGGAGACGCGUUCUCAUGUCAGGUGUGAACUGACGUCCUCAGAGCUGUCCACGUGUGACCAGAUCUCUCGAGACGCAUGCUCACCAGGUCUGAUCAUGGGAUGCAUUGUGAGAAAAAAUGUGAAGUCCUCUCAGAAUUGUUGUUUAUCCUUGAAUUUUGUUAUCAUUAUUUGCACUUAAUGGCAUCCUAUGUUCUUGAUAACAUGUCUUAGCAUUAUUUCCACUUACGCCAUUAACAGUAAUUCAUAACACUGUUGGUUACUGGCCUUUCCAGCUCUCAUUUUAUUGCCAUUGGAUGCAAUACUUGUUUCACUGUCUAGCAUUUGAGUACAAAUGAACAGUUAUUGUAAGUAUGCUUCUCCUUCACUUAGAGUUGAGCAUGAUUUAAUCUAUAGAAUGGUUUAUAUUAUACAAUAAUGUCAAAUAAAAUAAGCUGUAGAUACUUUGA